AUGACAGUUCCAUUUGUGGAAGAUUGGGAUCUGGUGCAGACUUUGGGUGAAGGAGCAUAUGGCCAGGUACAAUUGGCAAUUAAUCGAACAAAGGAAGCAGUGGCAGUGAAGAAAGUGGACACCACACAUCCUCAUGACUGCCCUGAUAACAUCAAGAAAGAAAUCUGCAUCAAUAAGAUGUUGAACCAUUGUCCGCUUUUACAGGCAUCGUCGAGAGUCUCAUAUCCAAUACUUGUUUUGGAGUAUUACAGUGAAGAACAGCUCUUUGAUAGAAUAGAACCUGAUGUGGGGAUGCCUGAAGCAGAUGCUCAUAGGUUUUUCCAGCAGCUGACAGCAGGAACGAGUGAAUUCCAUCGUUUUAUACACAAAAUGCCGGUGGAACUCAGCAGGCCAGGCUUAUAGAGGCAACCAGCAGGGACUUCACGGACAGUAUGACCCGGCUGAUGACAAACAUUGUAAAACUGACGAACUCUGUGCAUUAAUAA